UGUAGCAAAUUCCCAACUCUACAAGAUCCAGUACAUGUUUGUUGGUGAAACAAUGUUUAGUACGUGUUCCUUUGCCUUAUUUCAGCAACUUUUAUUUUUUAUUUUUACCACUCAACCAUAAUUUACUUAAAAAUACAAACAUGUACAUAUAUGUUACUCACAUAUUAUUAUAGUAAAGGACGUUGCCCUGUGGUGCCAGAAGGAGGUUGCCAGAAUGGAUCGCCACUUACACUGCCUUCCGGCGAGCCUUCGCCGAGGUCAAGAGGGUUCGAAUUCUGGAGAAGCUGGCCGCCUUGAGGGCCGAUGGACCGGUGGUGGCGAUGGCGUCUACCCUGGACCUGCAGAGGGAAGAAGAGCAGGCCGGGGAAGAAGCCAUCGACGCCCCGGCGGAGGAGGACGACAAAGAGCAGCCCUGCGGUUCCGAGGCCUGCGAGAGGUGGGCGGCGCGCAUGCGAGAGAGGGUGUGCGAGCUCGAAAAACAAGUCGACACCCUCAUGUCGACUUUGCAGGCGGUGACCCAUCGGUGCAAGCAGCUUUUGCGCCGGCGGCCUCACAAGUCGGCCGCUGACUUCAAAGGGGCGACUGAAAAACUGCUGCAGGCCCUGGAGUCUCCCGCGGAGGAGGUGGGGCCGUCGACGGCCAAGCGAAGCACGACGCUGAGGGAGAAGACUCCAAGGCCUUCCUCGACGCCCCCGCAAGAGUCCGAGCAAGGAUCGGAUCCGGUCGAGGAGGAGAGCGCCACUUCUCUGUAUCCAGAGCACAAUGUGGUCCCGAACCAACUCCUGGUGGAGUACCGCCUGCACCAGCAGGGCCCAGAACCCUCCAGGAAGCUCAAAGAGAACGUGGCGGGGAAUUUAUAUCGGAUCCGAUCUUUCAUCGGGCACAUGGCGGCGGGGAAUGGGCGCCUGUCGACGCUGGAGUUUCUAGACGACCCCGGGAGGAUCAGGAAUUCUCCCGCAGAUGGCAGAGCAGCUCGAGGUUGUGUAAGAUAGCCGAAACAACUAUCAAUCACUACCUCAAAAACGCUGCUCAGUUUAUGGACUACGUCUCGGAGACCCCCCUCCCAUGUCCCGCCUGUCAAAGAAGG